AUGAAGCACUCAAUUCUUUUUCUACUCGUUGUCUUGGCUACAAUUUCAGUAAUCAGUGCUACUUCGAUGGAAACAGUUGCUCAAUUUAGACCAUGCAAUCUAUGCAGUCAUUCAAAGGCUCUUAACGUAACGCUGUCACCUUAUACUAUUGUCCCUGGCAAAGCUGUUACUUUUAACAUUUCCGGAACUGCGGCAACUAAAAUUCCUAAAGACUCCACCGUGGAAAUCAAACUUUUCAACGGCGAUGACUUUAAAAAGACGUUCAGUGGAAAUUUUUGUAAACUUUCUAAAUCAAAAUGUCCAGUCAAACAGGGUACUGUGUUUGACUUGUUGCACAAAAUUACGCCGAAAAAAUUGCCAAAGAAGUAUUUCAUUCAGAUCAAAAUAUUGGAUCCUCAAAGAAAACAGCUUAUGUGCUCUACGAACAAACACCGUCUUUUUAAUUCUAACUCUUAUUCUAAUUUUGGUUCUAAUUCUAAUUCUGGUUCUAAAUCUGGUUCUAAAUCUGGUUCUAAUGCUGGUUCUAAUUCUGGUUCUACUUCUGAUUCUAUUUUUGGUUCUAUUUUUGGUUCUCAUUCUGGUUCUAAUUCUGAUUCUAAUUCUGGUCCUAUUUUUGGUUCUCAUUCUGGUUCUAAUUCUGAUUCUAAUUCUCAUUCUGGUUCUAAUUUUGAUUUGAUAUGUUAA